ACCGGGCCUCGUAUAACAGACCCACCCGACCCGUUUGCUUCCCGUUUCUCUGCUUUCCACUCUCGGCUGCUACUUCUAUUCGUCACUUUUUCUUUCAUUUUCUCAUGACCUCUUCUUCUUCUUCUUUAUAUAUAAUAUAAAUAUAAACAUUCUUUUGAUAUUGUUCCUGAGUUGAACAAGUUCGUGGAAUUUUGCACCUUUUUAGGUCAUAAUCCUUUCAAAAUUCCGUGCUUCGGCUUGACAUCGAUUUCUCUGCACUUCCCAAAGAAUUGGUUGUGCAGUCCUUGUUUUCAGACACCGUCUUUAAGUUACUGUCGACGUUUGAGUUCUAUAAUGCCCAGUGAUUCUUCUGUAAUCUCCAAUGGACACAGCAAUGGCAGUGUCAAUCCACUACCUAACCUGCAAAGGACUUACCAAGUGGUAGUGGCUGCCACUCAAGAUUGGGGCAUCGGUAAGGAUGGGAAAUUACCCUGGAGAUUGCCUACUGAUCUCAAGUUUUUUAAGGAGAUCACUAUGAAAACAUCUGAUCCUGGGAAGAAGAAUGCCAUUGUAAUGGGAAGGAAAACAUGGGAGAGCAUCCCUCUUGAGUACAGGCCUCUUUCUGGUCGCCUUAAUGUUGUUCUUACUCGCUCAGGAAGUUUUGAUAUUGCAACAGCAGAGAAUGUUGUUAUAUGUGGAAGCAUGUCUUCUGCAUUGGAACUGUUAGCUGCUUCUCCUUACUCUCUGUCAAUUGAGAAAGUUUUUGUUAUAGGGGGUGGUCAGAUAUUUAGAGAGGCUCUCAAUGUGCCUGGAUGUGAAGCUAUCCACUUAACGGAAAUUCAGUCAAGCAUUGAGUGUGACACUUUUAUGCCUCCAGUUGAUUUCACUAUAUUUCGGCCAUGGUACUCAUCCUUUCCUAAAGUGGAAAACAACAUCCGCUAUUCUUUCACCACUUAUGUGCGUGUACGGAGUUCUGCUGCAGAGUCCGCGGGUCAGAACAUUGAUCCACUUCUUGAUAAUAAUUCUGAGUCCAUGAAAUUUGAGGUCAAGGAUUUUUCUUUUCUUCCUAAAAUGAUUUCUGAGAGACAUGAGGAGUAUCUGUAUCUUAAGCUGGUUCAGGACAUCAUUGCUGAAGGUACAACUAAGGGUGAUAGGACAGGGACUGGUACCUUGUCAAAAUUUGGUUGCCAGAUGAGGUUCAAUCUGCGUGGAAACUUUCCUCUUCUAACAACUAAGAAAGUAUUUUGGCGAGGGGUUGUUGAAGAGCUUCUUUGGUUUAUCAGUGGCUCAACAAAUGCCAAGGUGCUACAGGAAAAAGGCAUUCAUAUUUGGGAUGGCAAUGCAUCCAGAGAAUACCUUGAUGGUGUUGGUUUGACAGAGCGGGAGGAGGGUGACUUGGGACCUGUUUAUGGGUUUCAAUGGAGGCACUUUGGUGCCAGAUAUACUGACAUGCAUCAUGACUACUCCGGCCAAGGGUUUGAUCAACUUUUAGAUGUUAUUAACAAGAUAAAGUGUAAUCCUGAUGAUCGGCGAAUCAUUCUCUCUGCAUGGAAUCCAGUGGAUCUUAAAUUAAUGGCACUUCCACCCUGCCACAUGUUUGCACAGUUUUAUGUAGCACACGGGGAGUUAUCAUGUCAAAUGUAUCAGCGAUCUGCUGAUAUGGGCCUGGGCAUUCCAUUUAAUAUUGCAUCUUAUGCCCUUUUGACAUGCAUGAUUGCUCAUGUUUGUGAUCUCAUUCCUGGUGAUUUUAUUCAUGUUAUUGGGGAUGCUCAUAUUUACCGCAAUCACGUGAGGCCUUUGCAGGAGCAGCUCCAUAACCAGCCAAAGCCUUUUCCAACUUUGAAGAUAAAUCCAAAGAAGAAAGAUAUAGAUUCUUUUGUGGCUGCUGAUUUCAAGCUCAUAGGCUAUGAUCCUCACCAGAAGAUUGAUAUGAAGCUGUCUGUCUAAAAUCUGGGGAUUCUCACUCCUUCAGGUUGUUUCUGCUUUUUGAAAUGAGGCACAACCUUAGGAAGAUUAUGUUAAAUCUGUGUACAAUUAAAGAACAUAUCGUAGCACAUACUUCAUCGCAUAAAUACUGUUACUUAAGUGGGAAUUCUCUGGCUCCACCUGUUAUGCCUCUAAGGUGAUUUAGAUUAACUUAAUUUCCUUCCUUUCCAAGGUACACGCUCUAUUGUACUUUUGAGGGAUCUGAAACUCGAUGUUUAAGAUAAAGCCGGUGUUUUUAUGUGAGCCAUUUCUAUUUUUUAUU